AAAGAACGUCGUAGUGAAAUAAAUAUUCAUCAAUCAACACUUCGACAACAAUUACUUGACAAACAAACGAAAACAAGUGAAGUGUCUAGUGAAUUACAUGAUCGAAUAGCAAAAAUAGAAAAAUUAAGAAAACGAUAUCAAAUUGUUAAUAUUUCAAUGGCACCACCUGAAGGUGCUACAGAAGAAGAAACACCUCAAAACUAUUAUGUUAUUAAGGUAUAAUACCCGACGUUAAUAAAAAUAAAAAGGAAAUUAUAGACUUUGGUUCAGAUGACACGAUUUUCCAAAAUGUUAUCUGUCCAGGACCGAUAACUGGAAUGCCAAUGGGUACAGAUCCUUGACCAUAUUUAGCUAAUCUUGUUUCUGUAUAAAUCAGAAUUUAAGUUUCUAGAUAAAAAUACAAAGGAACUUUACUCCUCGUGUCAAUCACU